GUCUACGCGCUAACUAAAAAACAUAAUUGGAUCCAUUUUGCUAUUUCUUGGAGCAAAAAGUGAAGCAGCAGUAAAGCAAAGGCUUCACUCAUUUUCUAAUCUCUACAGAUCCCAUUAGCUCUGCUCAUCUACCCUUUUCAAUCUUGUUAUUGUAAGCCAAACAUGUUUGAUAAUAUGGGAAACCCGCCAGAUGCACAGAAAAUUCCCUUUGGGAAUGCUUUCUCUGGUGCUGGUUCAGGGCUUAUUAGAGGUGGACUGGGCGCUUAUGGAGAGAAAAUUUUAGGAUCAAGUUCAGAGUACGUGCAAAGCAAUAUAAGUAGGUAUUUCUCAGAUCCCCAAUACUACUUUCAAGUCAAUGACCAUUAUGUGAGAAAUAAAUUGAAGGUCGUUCUAUUUCCUUUCCUUCACAGAGGUCAUUGGACAAGAAUUACUGAACCAGUUGGUGGUAGACUUUCUUACAAGCCCCCAAUAUAUGAUAUUAAUGCUCCAGAUCUGUAUAUUCCAUUCAUGGCAUUUGGUACCUACGUUGUUCUUGCGGGGUUCUCAUUGGGUCUUCAUGGAAAGUUUACCCCCGAAGCUCUGAAUUGGCUGUUUAUCAAGGGUUUGGUAGGUUGGUUCUUGCAAGUUUCACUAUUAAAGAUGUCAUUGUUUUCAUUGGGUAGCGGUGAGGCACCUUUACUUGAUAUUGUCGCAUAUGCUGGAUAUACCUUUACGGGUAUGUGUUUAGCUGUAUUCGUGAAAAUCGUGUGGAGCUAUUCGUACUACUUUUUGAUGCCAUGGACGUGCUUAUGCAUGGGAAUUUUCUUGGUAAAGACAAUGAAGAGAGUCCUUUUUGCGGAGGUGAGGACAUACGACUCAAGCAGGCACCACUACCUCCUGCUCUUCAUAGCUUUAGCUCAACUCCCACUAUAUGUGUGGCUUGGCAACAUCAGCCUGAACUGGUUAUUUUGAGCGAGAUGCCUUAUUGUUGUAGUUAGCAACAGUUAUAAGAUUAUAAUUGAUUCAGUCACUUAAUGUGAUCAAAACAGCGGAUUCUCCAUUGUUUGACAAUUCAUUAUAUGAUAUACAGAAAUGUAACAGAGCAUCUUCAGAACUCCA